UUUCCAUAGAGACGCAGCUGUCGCUACUCACCGCUGCCAAGAUGCUAAACCUACCUGGAUAAAUAAAGAAAGGUUUCAGCCGAGGAGAUAACAAGUCCCGUCUUCAGGUUCAACACCACAGAUGUCUCAGCUGUUGGCUGAAGAUGAGGUGGAGCUGCAGUCGCUCCUCCAGCAGCUUCUGCGCAGCAUCAGCGACAGGAUUUCUGCCGCUCCGUCCACUGAAUGUGCUGAAGAGAUCCUCCUGCACCUGGAGGAGACGGACAAGAACUUCCACAAUUAUGACUUUGUAAAAUACCUCCGUCAGUAUGUGGAGAAUUCACUGGGAACGGUGGUGGAGGAGGAGACCAAGAACCUGAGCCGAGGGGACGGUCAACACGCCAUUGGAUCAGGUCACGACACCCUGAUCCACGCCGUCACUCGAAAGACCAGGGCGUCGGAUGAGUACCAGCAGAUGAUGCAGACGUUGAAAAACACAAUGACUCUAGUCGUGGAGUCGCUGAUCGGUAAAUUCGAGGAGGACCAGAUGAGGAAGGAGGAGAUGCACCGAGACAAGCAGUCCAGUCAGUCCAACAGCCAGUACAACGACAACUGCUCCGACAGCGACUCCUCCUUCAACCAGAGUUAUGGAUUCAUCAGACAUGAGCAGCUGCAGGCUUUGACUGAAAAACUGGACUCCAGCCGACCCAAAGAGGUGCGAUGGGAGGCUCUGCAGGUGCUCUGCUGUGCUCCUCCGUCCGACGUGCUGAGUUGUGAGAGUUGGAGCAGCCUUCGGAGGAACCUCUGUGCAGCUCUGGCCGAGUCCGACCCCGACCUCAGCGAUAAUGUGCUGCAGUUCUUCGCUAAAAGCUUCUCCUCGUCUCCUCUGAAUGUGACAAGAGAGAUCUACACCAGUUUGGCUAAAAGCGUGGAGUCGAGUUUUCAGAGUCAGAAUCUGCGAUUUCCGACCCGCUCCGCCGGCAUCGACAUCAACAGACCUGAGAUCAGCCGUCUGCUCAAACAGGUCCGGCUGAUGAAUGACUUUCAAAAAGAGGUGACGACGUUUUGGAUCCGGCAUCCAGAGAAAUACAUGGAGGAGGUGAUUGAAAGCACCUUCUCCCUGUUGUCGUUUCAUCCUGAAAAUGGCUCGACUUCGCCAAGGACAGAGAAGUUCCUGGAGCCCGUUCACCUUCUGGCCUUGUUGGAUAUUAAAGCUACCUGGUUUAAGAAGUGGAUGCAUGGAUACUACAGCAGGACCGUGGUUCUCAGACUCCUGGAGAGAAAAUACAAACCUCUGAUUGUAGCUGCUCUUCAACAGUGUAUACAUUAUGGAGAAUCCUGUGAAAACUUCACAAAUGAGAAGACUGAUCCUCAGUCUCCGGAGCAGAACACAGGUUCAGUCCAGAGGAGCGUUUACACCGGACAGGAGCUGGAAUACGCCUGCUUCGUCCACUCUCUGUCCAUCCUGGGGAAACUGCUCAUCUACACUAAUGGGAGAAAACUGUUUCCAGUCAAAGUGAAGAAACGAAAAGAUCCCGUCAGCCUGACUGAUCUGGUCGUCAUCCUGAUUAACAUCAUGUACCAACACCCUACGCCUCCCCACGGCGACGCCUCACACCCAGACUCCCUGUCGCCCAGCGCUUUGGUGAUGGAGGUUCUGUGGACGCUGUGUGAAAGGACCGAAUGCGCCGCUGAAUGUCUGUACGGGACGCCGGUUCUGGAGACGCUGCUGGGUCCGGUUCUGGCUCUGCUCGAUGGACAACAGGUGAAAUUCAAGUCUCCUGCAUGGACGCUGACUCUCAUCGCUGACGUUCUUGCUCGCAUCGCAAACACUGACAGAGGAUUAUCUAUGUUCCUACAUGAAAAAAAUGUAAUCGUAUCCAACAGUGAGAGAACGUUCGCUGCUCAUGUCAUUGUACAGUUCACCCUGAAGCUGCUGGAUAAGGACAUCCCGGCGCUCACUGAAUCAGAUAUUUCUUAUCCGUUAUGUGGAGCCUUUAUAUUCGUCUGUCGACAGAUAUACAACACCUGCGAAGGUCUGCAGGUUCUCCGACCCUACGGCCUGCACAAGGCUGUAGCUGCGGCGUGGAAACAGACCAGUUCGGUUUCAGAGAGGGUUCCAACACCGGUACCUGGAGCCACCGCUGGAACUUCCACCCAUGAGCUGCAGAACAUACUCGUCUGGGAGGAGACGCUGUUGGACAGUCUGCUGAACUUCGCUGCAACUCCGAAAGGCGUUCUGCUGCUGCAGCAGACCGGCGCCAUCAACGAAUGCGUCUCCUACAUGUUCUCACGCUUCACGAAAAAGCUGCAGGUGAGCCGCUGUGAGAAGUUUGGAUACGGGGUGAUGGUGACCCAGGUGGCGGCCACGGCUCCAGGGGUGGCGGCUUUGCACAGCUCAGGGUUUGUUCGAGCGCUGGUUUUGGAGCUGUGGUCAGUCCUGGAAUGUGGCAGCGAAGACGUCCGAGUGGUUCGUCCUAAACCGACUCCCAUGGACCCCAUAGACAGGAGCUGCCUGAAGUCCUUCCUGUCCUUGGUCAACCUGCUUUCAUCCUCCCAGUCGGUUUGGGAGCUGGUGGGCCGUCAAACUCUACCCAACAAGAGCGAAUACACCCUGAGAGAGAUGCCCACCUCCAUUCCUGAUUUGAUUGACAGGCUGAUUGCUGUGAAUUCAGAUGCGAAGAUUCAUUCUCUGUUCCACUAUGAGCAGUCUCACACGUUCGGCCUGAGACUGCUCAGUGUGCUCUGCUGUAAUCUGGACACUUUCCUGCUGCUGGAGAGCCAAUACAACAUCUGCUCCAUGCUGCUGCAGAGUCAGAGGGAGAAUGUCACCGAGCCUGGCAGCGGCAAAGGAGAGUACAUCAUAGACGGUCUGUCGGUGGAGAGGAACCAUGUGCUGGUUGGUGUGAGUUUGGUCGGAGGUCCGUCGGAGAGGAGACUCCCCCCUCGAGCCCUGCAAGAGGGUGAUGAUCCGUAUCCAUGGCCCAUGUUUUCAUGUCCUCCUCUUCCUUCCUGUUACACGUUGGAACCAAAGAAGUUUGACCUUCAUCCACACGACUCUGAACUCAGUUCUUUCCUGGCGUCGUCUACGGACACAACCACUGAUGACAGAUGGAUGGAGGUGUGUCGUAGACACUACUGCAGAGUCCUGAGCACCGACCCAGACAUGUUAACAGGAACGGUGCUGUGUGAACUUCUGCAGAAGGUUGUGACCCAUUUAUCCAGCUCUGCCACCGAGCGCUUCUUCUCCCAGGCUCCGUCCAAAGCGGAGGAGCAGAGUGUGCAGAACGUGGUGUUAUCAUCGGUGGAACAUCUGGGGAUCCACAUCUGUGUGAGGUACGGCGUCUUCCUGGAUGUGGUUAAAGACGACGCCGUGGACGACCUGACGCUGCUGAUGAAACACAUGAAGCACUUCCUGUCCGCGCAGAGGCUGAAAACCGCCUCGCAGCUCGUCACUGUGCAGGACGGUUACCCAGGCCACGAUUGGCUGGUUUCCACAGUGUUCCUCCUCAUGGGCGGGGCCACAGACAGAUGUCUGCGUCUGUUACUCAGUCUGUCGUCUCUGCUCGUCUCCGCCUUCAUCUGGCCGGCCAGGAUACACGCCUCUGUCCACGUUCCUGCUGCUGUAUCUCAGUCUGGGAUCGGUCCAGUCUACUGGUGUACUGCUCAUUAUGUGGAGAUGCUGCUCAAAGCUGAGGUUCCUCUGGUCCACUCUGCCUUCAGGAUGUCUGGAUUCACCCCGUCACAGAUGUGCCUCCACUGGUUGACCCAGUGCUUCUGGAACUACCUGGACUGGUCCCAGAUCUGCCUCUACGUGUCCACCUGUGCGUUAAUGGGCCCAGACUACCAGGUCUACAUGUGUGUGGCCGUCUUCAAACACCUGCAGCCGCAAAUCCUCCAGAAGACCCAGUCCCAGGAGCUGCAGGUCCACCUCAAGGAGGCGCCGAUCCAGGGCUUUAAGGUCAGCCAUUACAUGGACUUCAUGAAGGACCUGGAACGGAGCUACAGGGACCUGGUUCUGACCGACAUGAGGUCCAUCUGUGACCCUGAAGAAUAAAG